AUGAGGAAAAGGUAUGUUGAAGGUGUUUAUGUUGAACAGACUUCAAAAGUUGAUCAGAAAAUGAAUAAUGAGAAUCAGAGAGGGGCUGAUAAUGUCCGAAGUAAUGUUCCUAGCAGAGAGUUUAUGAUGAAGAACAGAGCGAUGGAAAAGAAUGAAAAGAAUGACAGUUUAGAUGAUUCUUCAGAUAGGUGUCUAAUUGACCACAAAAUGAGCUGGGACAAAAACAAAAGUUACUUCUUCAAAGGGCCAAUACUGUUCUUAAUGAAAGAAGAAAUCCAAGCUGGUGGUUUUGGUGCUGGUUAUCCGUAUCAAUCUCCAAGUGGUUAUUCAACUAUAGAUUCAGACAUUGCUGCAACAAUGGUUGAACUUAUGCCAAUUAUACAAGAGGCAGCAGAAAAGAUUGUACAACAUUUCCAGUUGCACAAAAUGGGUAAAAUUAGUGAGAACCUUGGGGAGUGGAAGAACACGGUGGAAAUCUCGAAUGAACCACAAGAAGGGGCUGAUAUUGUAGAACCUACGUUGCAAGCCUCAUAUGAACCACCUAAGGCGACUGAAGUUGUAAGCAUGCAAACAGAUGAUGAUUUUUGGAAUGAUCCAACAAACAUAUCUAAAAUAGAAGAAAUUGAAAAUGCUUUGUUGAAGAAAAACCAGUUCCCCAUCUGUGUAGACGAUUGUCCUAGCUUCAGCUUAGGAAUUGGACUAACACAAGAUGAAAUGGCCGAUCUGAGCUUAGUAACUUAUACCUCCACAGUGAAUGACUCAUUGAAGAUGGUAGAAGAGCAACCACAGAGCAAACAGAAGGAGCAACAAGUGGCUGGAAAAAGAGUGUUGGAGGGAUCAACAAGUAGGCAUGAAAAUGAGGUAACUUCUUUAAGGAAGUCGAAAAUGGUGCCAAUCAGCAAUGCAACAGACGUUUCAAUUAUGAUGAUUAUCAAUGGCAAUGGUAAGGUGCCCAGAAAAACAAACGAGGCAGAUGCUUCAAUGGUGAAGAGUAAAGGGAUUAUAAAGCAAGCAAAUCCAAUGUUGCACCACACUAGAUUGAGAAGACAAGCUGUAAAGAGGGUCAGGUUUGGAAGCUCAACAUAUAGGGAUAAGGCUGUAGAUGACGGACAACAAUUACUGAAGCAGGAGGACGUGGUGUUUUCUUAUGGCCAAAUAGAAGUCCAGAAGCGUGAAUUGAUGACAUUGCGGCCAUCGAAGUAUAUAUGCAGCUCAAUAACAUAUGAAAUCAGAACGCUCACCAAACUCACCACUCAGAUUCUUUGCUUCAACAAAAGCAUGCCCCCCAAAUCAGUUGGUCAUCUCGAAGAAGGUGCGGGCAAUUUCUUGAAUGUUCGGAAGAGCAGAUUUCAAAAGCAAGAAUACCUUUGUCAAUUCUUUUUGGCUAUUCAUCACGCCGAACAUUUCUCCCUUAUGUGUUUUGACAUUAAAAAAGCAUCUAUAAGCCACUUUGACAGCUCCACUGCAGCAUUGGACAAUUCACUUAAUGUCAACUAUGACAUUCCAAUGGCACUGGGCAGAAUGUUAUAUCAAUAUUUGGACCAUUGUAGCUUAAUAGAGAAAGCCGCAGCAAUAAGAAAUAUGAAAGUUGAAAGGAUUAAGAUGUCAUGGGGAGAAGAAAUGCACAAGAAAGACACCGGGAUAUGUAUGAUGCGACUCAUGGAAACACAUAUAAGCAAUGCGGUAGAAAACUCGAGGCUUGGUAUAAAACUGAACUGCCAAACACAGUUGAAGUUUCUGAGAGGAAAAUAUUGUGCUGCCAUCCUAGUAGCUGAAAAUAAUAUGCUCAAGCAUUUGAAUAUGUCUGCCGCAGACAUGCACUACCAAUUGUCAUUUGAGAAUAGUUCAAUCGAUAUAGUUCCGCCAUGA